AUCUGGGAAUGUUGGAACCGAAAGUACUUCGUUUUGCAGGACUGUACAUGUGACGGGAAUUUCUCCCUUUCAACUAAAGACUUCCAACGCUUUUUUGGCUCGAAUGUCCUUUCGACGCAACUUAAUGGUGUUGAAGACACAACGGACUAGCCCCUUGUAGCCAGGUGGAGCGUAUCGCCUUGGGUGGCCGUGACGUGUGCGUGACGUGUCCGCAUAUCCGCGGCGCCGGAGAAGGUCUGAAGGAGAUAAUUUCUAUACACAUCAUUCAAUUAUUUCAAACUUCUGAACAGCUAUAUUUAAGCUUCUUAUUAUCUUGUAGUGUUUUUCUGGAAUGCAACUUCCAAUGGAGACCACUGUCGUCUGCAUGUGUUGGUAGUGACAGAUAAGAUUGUCCGCCAAACCUUUGUUGUAGUUAGUACAAUCUGUAGCGCUUGGAUUCUUUCCUCUACGUCGCAAUGACGAUGAAUACAAUACGUAUUCGUUCAAAGCCAGUGCUCAUCAUUCUUGGAAUCUCAGCCUUCAUUAUUUUAUGGACGGCUUUUCGUGCGUUUCGUGGUUUACCUAUGGAACAACGAGUGUUACGGACAGAGAAACAACAAUUCUUACUCGAGGGAGAACCGUUUCGAAUACUGAGCGGCGCGAUUCAUUACUUCCGAGUGGUACCUGAGUAUUGGAAAGAUCGUCUGUUAAAGCUUAAAGCCAUGGGAUUAAACACAGUAGAGACGUAAGUACCGUUAACUAAUCCUUAUGUAUAAGCUUGAUUAUUGAUUCUUUUAAUUAAUGGCCCAGUCAAUUCCAAGUGUGCCUAUUCCCCCCCGCCCGGGAACGAAGUAUCUUUUCCUUUAAACUCUUCAAACGAUACAUUGAUUGGUUUUCUUCCAUGUGGGAGCUGAUCACAAUGAUGGGAAGCAGUGUCUUAAUGGAUGCAAGUAGGUAUAUUUUAUAGUGAAAUGUUGGAAAAGGAACGACCUUAAGGUGAUUCCCUAGUAAAAGAACCUAACAUAGAUUGUAGAUGAAACUUGGUACACUGAUGUAACAAGUCAAGAAGAUGAUAAAAAAGUAAUAAAAAGUGGGGGUCACCGUGCUCGUUUUGACGUCACAAUGCUGACAAAUACGGCUAUUUUGGACCCUUUGACAAACCCGCGCGCAGCCUAAAACUAGGCAAAAAGGAAAGAUUUUUUCAAUGAUGCAUGUGGUAUCGCACAGAAUUUGACUUUAAUGUAUUGUUUAUCCCCUUACGUACCAUAAAAAUGCCUUUUAAUGCCCUUGUUUUUACUGUACGCUCCAAAGUAGGAUUAAAUUGGACACGCGCUAUUCGACACAUGUAGCUCAAUCCGUACAAUUUAGUAAAAUUGCCAAAAAACUGAACAUAGAUUUGUGCCAAUUUUUUUCUCACCAAAAGGAAGAACUGUCUUUAUUAAAAUCAUGAAAUAAAAAAUGGGGGUCACCGUGCUCGUUUUUGCGGUAGAGCUGCAGAAAGUGCGGACCAAAUGCAUUUUCCUUGAUUUUUGAGAGAGGACUGGGGUGAGUUUCAAAAUAGAAUGUAUGUGAAAGGGGGAAGGAAGUAUUAAAAAAUCUGUUUUUUACAGAAUUUACAUCGAGAUAUCACAUUUAGUACACAAUGUGAUAAAGAAAGCGUUUAAAUGAAAAUCAAAGUGAAUAAGCACAAAGUAAACAUCCACUAUCGAGGUUCUCCGUGAGGAAGUCGAACUCAGCAACACGCGUACUGCUUACGUUAUGCACAUUCCCACCACAUUGAGUCUCACCUCGGCAAGAAACAACCACAAGCGUUUCUCUUCAGUCAACUUCAUUUCAAUAAUGUUACUUCACAUGCUCUUUUUUACGGCGGCCAUCUUGUUAUGCGCAGUAAGAGAUGCGCAAUGCAAAACCAGGGAAUCACCUUAACUGCUUCUAGCAAAAUUGGCAAAUGCCCCACCUGCGGGCAGAGGCGACUAAUGCGCAUGGCAGGUGGGGGGAGGGUAUGGGCAUGCUUGGAAUUAACUGAACCACAGUAUUUGAGCCUAACCUUGUUGACGUACUAGUAAUAAGUUACACUUACCAAGCUGGUGGGGAUUUGUCAGAAAACCUCUGCCCGCAGGUGGGGCAUUUGUCAAUUUUUCUAGAAGCAGUUGAUAUCGUUCCUUUUUCAACAUUUCACUAUAAACUAUACCUGGUGGCAUCCACUUCCCAAAAAAUUAAUGGCUGCUAUGAAAGGCACAACUCACGAUGGAAAAAUUGACCAUUUCACAUUGCAUGAGAAAAAUGAAGGGCCAAGAAAAUACCCUUUAAAAUAGUUAGAAAGUGUAACUUAUUAUUAGUACGUCAACAAGGUUAGCCAUAAUAUUUGAGCCUAAUGUUGUUGACGUAGUAAUAAUAAGGUACACUUACUAACUGUUUUAGAGAGUAGUAAAGGGUAUUUUCUCAGUCCCUCAUUUUUCUUGUGAAAUGUGGAAUGGAUAUUUUUUUUUUCAUUGUGAGUUGUGGUUUUCAUAGCAUCCAUUAAUUUUUUGGAAACUGGAUUCUCAUUAUGUCAAUUGUUUUUUUUGUGAAUUGUGAAAGAGCAGCAUUAUGAUCAAGAUCCCUCCUUUACCACCUCUGUAUAAAAGAAUCUUGUACACCCAUGGCGAAUGAACUCUCUGUUUGUGACCGAUUUUCCCAAUAAAAUUGUCAUUAGUACCUCAUGGAAAUUUCCUUGGAUACAUAAAAUAGAAGAAAAGAAUUUUCCAUGACAGUUUCCGAGGUAAGCUCUAUCAGGUUUGAUAAGAAAACAAAGUCGUUCAACCAAUCACGAGAAAGAGACCAUACCAAACAGAAGGAUGUUCAUCUUGGCAUCAAAUCCUGUAUAAAACUGGACUUGACAUUUGAAAAAACUACACGAUUUUUUCAUUUUAAGUUAGUUGAAUUUAAAAGCACCUUGAGACUUGAAUUCUUUCCUUAAAAUGUCAGUAGAACCAUUCUCCUAGACCUUAACUUUGACUUCUGAGCUACAAUGUACCUUUCCUUAAGCAUGAGUGAGGGCAACAUUCACAUGUAGUCUCAAAAUAAAGUGCCAAGUCACUUUAAAAACCUACAAUAGAUUGACUCUCAAUUUUCUUUGUCUUCUAGCUUAGGCUAGGAUAUACAGUGGAACCUCUCCUAGCCCUAACCCUAACACCUUUAUUCAUGGAACACAAAAUUUGGUCCCAGAAAAAAGGUCACAUAAUAUUUGUAUUUGUUACCUCUAUUGAAGGGAAUUUAAACCAUUAUUCUGGGGAAAGGAACUGUUGUCUGGAUCCUGAAACCCAGAUUUAAUGUUUAAUGAUUAUGGCAAACCUUUUCAAUCAAAAAGUGACUGACCACAAAAAAUGUUAAUAUAAAGUUCAAACGUUCACUAGUCAUAAUGGUGACAGCUUUCAGAAAAUGAACUACCUCACUUAAAGUUGGUGUACUUCAACAUACAGCAUCACAGAGAUAAUUAAGUUGAUCGUGAUUUUUUUAUACAUUAUCUACCUGCUUGAAGCUAAGUAAUGUUUGCAGCAGAUUCUGAGGCAGGAUCAAAGAAAAAUAUUUUAUUUGUUGGUUAAUUAUUAACAAACUGCAACCAAACUUCCAUUCAGAGGACACUUGCCUUGUCCCAAGGUUGAAUGUCCCCUGAAAAGAGAUUCCGCUAUAUUCAAAAAAGUCAAAAAACCAUUGUGCAUUGAAUUUGAGAAGUUCUUUCCCACUUUUGCAUUUAAAUCAGCGGCCUUCCAGCGUAGACAAAAGUGGGUGAUACUUUAGACACUGAAUCAUUUGGGUGUGUUUCAAAGACCUUUCUUGACAUUUUGGGAUCAAGGAAUACUUCUGGAGAUGGAUUAAAGGUGGGUAGAACUAGUUGCAGCUUGAGGUGUUUUUGUAUGGUAACUGCAUUAUUGUUUUUGUUUCUUUAACAGUUACGUUCCUUGGAAUUUGCAUGAAGAAAUUAAAGGACAGUUCAACUUUGAAGGGAUUUUGGAUAUAGUGUAAGGGCAUUUUAUAUGAUAAAAUGAGAUUGUUUUCAAGAAUAUGUAAAUAAUAUAAGAGUGAGAUGAAUUUCAAUUGCUUAAGUAUAGCACAGCACACAAAUGUUGUCAAAGUGACAAAUUUGCAAAAAACAAAAGUCAGACAAACUUAACAUCUUAAGUACAGUGGAACUUUGAUAUAACAAACUAUGUAGCGAAUUCCCCAGAAAUUUUAUUGAAUAUGAAUGACUCUGGCACUCCGAGUGAAGUGCAUUAAAAUUGACAAGUUCUCAGCAAAACGCAAGUAGGACAAGUCCAAGAAUUUUAGGAGUCAUCUUCUUCAACCUUCUUAUUACUCUUCCAUUCGAUCGAUCUUCGGGGAACUUGUCAAAGGUAUAUUAUUUUCUCUGAAUAAUAAAAUUUACUUUUUCAGGUUUAUAAAAUCGCAGCUUUUGCUCAUUCAUAAAGUACAAACAGAAUUGUGAAUGAGGGCACAACAAUUCUGCCCGGGUUAGUUGGCAAGAUCAUAAAACCACCCACAAUGCACUCCCAGAACAAAUCAGAUUGCAGGAUUUAGACAAUAUUCUACAUACACUCACAAACUUAGAAAAAAAAUCAUAAAAACUAUUUGAAACAACAUUUAUAGGGCAGAGUUUUCUCAUAAAUAUAAACGUCUUUCUUGUUUUUUUAUUACUGUGUAGCCAUUUUAUUAAACUGGCUCAGUCAGUUGGGUUAUAUGUGAUUGUGCGUCCUGGACCAUACAUCUGUGCUGAGUGGGAGCUUGGAGGAUUACCAAGGUAUUAAGCUAUUAAUGAUCAAUAUUGACAGUUAUUAUUCAUCCAAAAUAUUUCUCCAUUUUAUGAUUGGCUAAAAUCCUAUCGAUAAUUCAUCAUAACAAGCUAUUGUUGACCAAAUUUGGAAGAAUUUGCAUGAUAUGUGAAAACUGAUGUCAGUUGUGCAGCAAAUUGCCAGAUUAUUGAACGGUUAAUCAAGAAGACCUAGGGACGAGGUUGAGUUGUUUUCAUUGGUAGUGAGUAAAAAAAUGGCAGAACAUUUCACCCGUUUCACGAGGAAUAAAUAGGCAAACUGUGUGCUAAAAACAUAGCAAGAACGACAAGAAGACAAUUUGACAGGUGACAUCUGCUAUUUGGAGAAUAUUGUUUGCAGAGCUGAACAACCCUUUAUCUCCUAAACUUGCUGAUUAACAUGUGCUAUCGAAGAUGAACUUAACAUCAAUGGAGGUAAUCAUGUUUUAACUUGUUUCUUAAACUAGGAAUUAUUUUGAAUGUAUAAUAAAACAAUUGAUUGAAUGAGGCCAAGUAUCAUCUGAAGAAUUAUGGAGAUCGAGGUGGGUGUUAUCCGUUGAGGCUGUAGGCUGAGGAGCAUAACACCCUCCGAGACCUUUAUAAUUCUUCAGAUAAUACUCAGCCUCAUUCAAUAAUUGUUAAUUAUUAUUCAUUCAAAAUAUUUCCCCGAUUCUGAUUGGCUAAAAGCAUACAUUUAAUUCACCAUAACCAGUUACUGAUGACCAAAUUUGGAAGAAUUUUGUGUUUAACAAGGAAAUGAUGUCAAAAAUGCAGCCUUCUACAGGUUAAUGAACUGUUAACAGAGAAGACCUGGGGAUGAGGUUGAGUUGUUUUGGUUGUUAAAACAAAAAUGACUGACACUUGACUCGUUUCAAGAGUAAGAUCAGAACUACAGCUGGAACUAGGCGAAGUAAUAGUUAAAAACAUAGCAAAAACUGCAAGAAGACAACUCGGAGGGCGACAUCUGCUAUUUGGAGAAUACUUGCGGGGCUGGACAAACCUAAACGUACGCUAUCGAAGAUGAACUGAACAUCGAUAGAUCGAUGGAGGUAAGCAUGUUUUAACUAUGUUUUUAAACUAGGAAUUAUUUAGAAUGAAUAAUAAAACAAUUAUUGAAUUCGGCUUUCGUAUCAUAUGAAGAAUCAUGGAGAUCUCGGAGGGUGUUAUCCGCCUCAGCCUACGGCCUCGACGGAUAACACCCUCCUCGAUCUCCAUAAUUCUUCAUAAGAUACUCAACCUCAUUCAUUAAUUUUUAAUUAUUAGUAGCCAAUCAAUUAGUAAUCAAUUGUCACAUUGCCUAAAGAUUGUAAUCGAUGAUCGAUUAUAAUCAAUGAUUGACACAACACUAGGCAUAGUGACUCACAGUCAGGGAAAAAUAAACUUUCAGAAACUUUUACAAAAAGUUGGUCAAAGAGUGUAUUUGUCAUUUUCUUUUUUGCCCCAGCCUUUUUUAACACAUCACUGACUGUUUUUCUGUCCCAACAACCUCUUUUUUUCUUUACAGUUGGUUGCUCCGUGAUUCAAAAAUGAAAUUGAGGACUUCGUAUCCUCCUUAUAUUCAUGCAGUGGAUAAAUAUUUUCAGAAACUACUUCAGAGACUUGUCCCGUUACAGGUAAUGUAGAAAAUACUUGGGAUAAUAAAAUAAUUGAAGUAAAACAAGGGAAAGGGUCUGUAACAUAUUGAUGGUGAGAACCGUAGUAAGUGUGUUAAGAAGAAGACAUAUUGGUGGCAUGAGGUUCAUAGAUAGAAUUCUUCAAAGGACAUGGAUGUGUUUCAAACUUGAAAAUAUUUAAGCAGUAGAAAAUGUUUUCUGUGUUUACAUUGCCUAAUAUAAACAUGAGUUAUGCAAACCCUAGACGAAGUCAAGGGUUUGCAUAACUUGAGAAUUCUCCUAGACUUGAUCGAGUGAUCGGGCCAUGUAGCACAGGAAAAAAGUUUUCUAUUGCUUUUAUAAAUUAACUUUUCAGUGAAAAAAUGCAAAAUUCUUUAUUAUGGCACUGAAUGAAAGAGAAAUUCUCACCUGUCACGAAGUCUUGCUAAAAAGAGGCUUUCCAAAAUACAGAUUUUUCUCGCUUAAAAUGUCGGCUUUAGCCAAAAAAAAAAAUUGACACAGCAUAUUGUUUUGUAAAGAUUUUCCAGGUUUCAGCUGAUGAGGGAAUGGGUAAAUAAGGAAAACUUGUCAAAUAUCAACUCAAAAUUUUUUCAAAUUUGUGCUUGCAUGAUUAGCACACCAAAAAGCGAAACCAUGUUUACAUACUCUCAUGCCAACACGACUCUUGGUCCGUCAGAGCGCGUGUACUAUGUUGGUUAUAGCCAUUGUUGAGGAAGUGCAGGUGUUCAUGUGAGCUUACCUUGGAGAUGUGACUGAUGAAGAGGAAAGUACUCUCAAGUUUCUUGAAAAGGUGAAAAUUGCCAAAUGCAAGAAGGCAGGCACAGAGCCUUACUGCAGAAAAAUAUCUUUGUCAUGAUUGCAAGAUUAGAAUGCAUUCUCCUUCGUCAAAUGUAAUAUAUUGAAACCUUAAGCUUACUCCACAUUACACAGAUAUGAGCUUCUGUCAGUAACUUCCCAACUUUCUUCACUUUUUUUGUCCAAAAGAAACCAGUGUUACCAGGGUCCUCUUUUAAGCACUUCAUGCUGAACCUCCAUUAAGCAGCCACCCUCACGGUAAUGGCAAGUGGCGACUUCAUAGGUGGUUCAUUACUGUAUUAGAAAUGGUCCUGUGAACUCCUGCUUCUUUGCUGUAUUUGAGUUAAUUACUGAGGUAAUUUGUCUCAUCUUUUCAGUUUUCCCAUGGUGGCCCUGUCAUUGCCUUUCAAGUGGAAAAUGAGUAUGGAAACUUUGGUGCAGACGAAAUUGACGUCAAAUACAUGAUACAUCUUAAAACAGUAAGAAAAUCAUUUUAUGAUCAAGAGAGUAAACUGUCAACCCUCUGACCAGAUAUUUUUUUGUGGGGGAGGGCGGGGGGGAGGAGCAACGGCCAAAGGGGAAAAAAGGAAUGCUUUACAAUUUCACUAAAUUCAAGUCACCUGCUGCCCCCACAGUACUUUAACCUGUCAACAUGUUAUGGUGCAUCAAGCUACUGGAAAUUCAGCCAGCUUGCAGAAAGGAGGGACAGUGUAAUUUUUAAUUUCAGUUAAAGGAGCUGUGUCACCAAAUUCAGCCAAAUUAGGAAAUUACAAAAUGCCCGUUAAAUUAAGAGAAACAUAAAAAUAACCGCUGAAAAUGUUAAAGGAAGGUUAAAGUGACAUAACAGAAACAACAGAUGCCACGGAUGGGCAAAACUUAAGAAGAUUGUAACGGAUUGAAAUUAGGAUUUUUGAAAACUGUUCAGUCUAACAGUUUUUCAAAGUUGAUCCCUGCUGCUCGCAACUUCAAAAAUAGUGCUUAGGAGACAUAUUUGUUUGUGUCAUUUGUUUGUGUCAGAUCUCUGAUUUUGUCAUUUGCAUGUAAUUUCUUUGCUUACUUUAAGUUCCAUAGCAAUUGAGGGCAAGUAAUUGGCAAAAUUAAACAAAAUGAACUGGACUGCUGUGACACAGCCCCUUUAAAAGCCUUGCUAUUCUUAUGAGUCUUACUUAACCUUUGCUUACACCAAUAAUAAACAAAGAACUCAGGACAAAAUUGGUGAAACAUCAGAAACCUUUAUCAUUCAUUUUUAUUAAUGGCAUUAAUCAUUACAACGAUCAAACGUGAUUCAUGACAAAUAAAUACCCAGCAACAAAGACACUGUGAAAUGCUGCUGUUAGUAACCAAAGAUUGCCAAUAGCUAAUAUGACUUCUUUCAAGUAAGCAACCCUUCGUAUGCAUUCCUUUCGCCUCUCCUUCAAGGUUUUGUGCAUAAAAUCUAGCAGAAACGAAGUUAAACCAGCAGAAAUUCACUGUCCAAAUCUUCCUCUAUUAAGCCGCCGCUAUUAAAUACCUUUGUGUAUUGAAAUUUGCUCCAGAAGUUUAACACAAUGUGGUCGAUCAAGUAUCAGAACAGUGCUCAAAGACUCUUUUGUUCUAAUGACCAAUCAAACAAAGUCCGAUUCUGGACUGUGGGCAGAUGAAUGGUUGUGCAAAUGUAUGAGCCAUCCUUUUCCUUGCCCUUGCCUCCCAAAGAAGAUCAAAGGAUUUCCUUUUAUUUUUUUGCGUGUUAGCAAUUAAACUGUGAGGUAUGAAAUGUUCGUGUCAAAUCAAUUAAGAGACAUCAGUGUCUAUCGUAUAUUUGUACUGUUCUUUCAGAUAAUGAUUGAGAAUGGCAUUACUGAACUCUUGUUUACAUCAGAUGGCAUCCGCCAUAUGGAGGCAGAUUACUUCCCCGAGUUGCCAGGAGGUAACGUUCUAUUUCUUUAGAUUCUCCUAAGUAGGAAGUAAACAGCGUAGACCAGUAUCUUUUACAGCCAAAUGCAAAAAUUCCACGAACUACGUAACUGUACCUUAAAGAAAUGACCAGAAAUAAACUGAGUGACUUUGCCUAUUUUCCCCAUGGAAAACACAGACAAUUUGGCGAGUGAUCUUCUUACGAAGCCAAACAAUAGCUGAUGUGGGCUCUGUGCAUCUGUUCAUCUAGGAAUGUGCUAUGUACUUCACCAAUCUGUAGAAUGUUUUCUUGAUCUCAAUUAUGUCUUCAAUAGAAGAACACUGAAAUUUAGUUUCAAGAUGAAGUACUUUAGGAUACUUUUAGUGUACUUUUGUGUUGAAAAGAUAUCAAGGUGACUGCCUCCUAAUAUACGUGAAGUAUUUUUGAAGUAUCCUUAAUUUCUGUAAGCGUAAUAUAGGUUACCAAACUCUCUAUUACUCAAGAAGCACAUCAACUUAACUUAAGUUAAUCAUUCACAAAAUGUAACGGAGUUGUAGAUCUUGAAGUUAAGAAAAAUUUAGCAGUCAAGGAAUAACUGCUCACCAAUUUGAGUGAAGUACAAAUAACCACCUAAAACUGUAAAGAACAUUAAAAUACCACCAACAGUAAAUAAUAUAAAACAGUGAUGAUAACUCAAACUGAAUAAAAUUAAAUGGAUUUCUAUUUAUAUGUAACUGGGGUUUCUGAAGCUGGCAGCCCAAUACGUUUUGUAGCUCUAAAUACUUGGGAUACAAAUUAUUUUGUUUCUCAGUUAUGAAGCCAUUAUAUGAAUUUGACUAUCAUAACGCACAUCAAGUUUCUUAAGAGUACACGUAUUUGGUAAAACCUAGAAAAUUAACUGAACUUCCUUGACACAGUUCCCUAUCUUAAAUGAUUGCAUGUUCUUACUCACAAAAAAAGUUACAGAAAGUGUCAAAACAACUUUCAAGUUGUAAUGUCCUCAUUUUAUGUCAUGGAUACAUCAUUGUCUGUAGCACUUUGAUCCUUCUGCCGAGGAUUCCUGUAAAGUGCCCCCAUUUCUGUUUGAUUUCAGUAUUAAAGACAGCAAACUUUCAGAGGAAUGAGACGUAUUAUCUAAACAGGCUGAAAGAGCUACAGGUAACUCCUCAGUAUCUAAUGCUUCAAAAGAAUCAUCUCUUCAAAGGUUUAAAUUUGUGAUGACUGUGGUCUGAACAAAUAGAAGUGGUAAAUGCGAUUUUCAAGGUAGUUCUUAAAGAUUUGAUGUGGAAGGUAUUGUGCUGUUACAUUGGUUGGGAAUAGGAGUGAAAUAUCAAUAUUUGGUUUUUACAACAUAGUUAUUAACCCUUGGUAUCUUUAAUCUCCCACUUAUCUAAACCAAACGUGAGUUGAGCCUUGCUUGGUUAAAUACUGUAAAUAAAGGCUAACGAUAGUUUGAACAAGUUUGCUUUUUGAAAAAUUUGUAUUCCACGGUAACUUAAAUACCGGUAGGCUGCUAUUAAGGGUAGAGAUUGAAAACUUCUUCCGCUUCUAGCCCAUUUCCUUGACUUCAGAAACGCAGGUGCUGAAAACGUCUUAUUAUUUUGAUGUGUUCAAUGACCAAUAUAACCGAUACAACAAAACACUUCAAUUUGUGAGUCGCGAGUUAAUGAGCGCUUUCCAUUCAACAAAAAUUCCGGUUUGAAAUUUUGGAAAUUCCACUUGCCCAAUGGAACGGUACAUUCCGGUGGCGCAGACCUGACCCAAGCCACCGCGCCUUUGUUUAUUGUAUUGGUAAGCAGGAUACAGGAGAGCGGUACUAACAGGACAACAAUUGUCAAAUGGAAAGGAACAUUUCAGUCUGACCGACUAAAAUGGCCAGAUCAGUCAGAGAGGACCAGUCGGACCAAACCUAAACUGUGGUCUGUUCCAUUUGAUUUCUAACCAAGAAUUGCUAAAUUUUGGGCUGAAUGGAAAGCCCCAAUGUUUCAUCACCUUUUUUAAAACAGUAGCGUGAUAGGAAAUUAAAUAAUUGACAAGUUACCGUGUUGUUGCUGUUCUAUUUAUUUAUUUUAAUUCUCGCGUCCGCGGAGCGAGUGUAUAAUUAGUUCACGAUCGCGCGUGGAUCAUAGCGGCCUGCAAACUCAGUUUAAUAGCCGAAUUAUAUUUGUACAUAUCCAGUGGUUUGUGUAAUGACGUCAUCGUCAUCAUUAUUUAAAUAUAAUAACCAUAAUUAUAAUCUUCUGCCUAGUAGCUUUCGUAACCUCUUUUUAAGUAUUAAUCAGGUUCACCAUUAUGAAACUCGACUAGCCUUUCAGUACUGACCUCAUUUUUGUAGAACUAAUAUUAAGCAGUUCAGUAUCCUCUAUCGAGGGCCAACAAUCUGGAAUUUCGUUGUCAAUUUUACUAACCAGCUUUUCUUCCAUAUUCUUUUUUUGAAAAAAUCUGAAAAAUUAUCUCAUUUAUAGUCAUUCUGUCGCUUAAGUUUUGUUUUCUGUACACUCUGCACUCAAGUAGGUUUAUAUUAAUAGGUAAGCCUAUUAAUAUAAGCUCCCAUCUUCUUUAGGCUUCCUUGUCACAUUAACUUAUAUUUUAAUUAACACCUUUUGUAACGUUUUAUUGUUAUUUUGUGUGAGUGACAAAACAAAUAAAUAAAUAAAUAAAUAAAUAGUUUUACCUACAUAAUUGUCCAGUGGCAGCGUGGCGCCAUUGUCUUAAAGCUGAUUUCAUGUGCAAAGUGCGGGUGCAUUGUAGGUCCCAAUCCCGGUAAAGCAACCUUUUUUUCUUAGUUGUACUUUUUUUAGUCUGUUUAGUUUUUGAUUUUUUGAUCGUAUUUUUCCCCUUUGUCUUGUUUCCCUUUGUUCAUAUUGCUGAUCCUUUACAGCUGCGCGAGGUUUUUGCGAUAAGGUAUAUUGUAUUUCUAGUUAAUUAGUUGAUUUUUUGCAGCCUGAUAAACCACUGAUGGUAACUGAAUUUUGGCCAGGCUGGUUUGAUCACUGGGGAGAACAGCAUCACGAGAUGGAGGUGGAAAAAGUUGUUGAACGAGUCUCAAACAUACUGAAGCUUGGAGCCUCUAUCAACUUCUACAUGUUUCAUGGUACAGUGUGUGUUUUUAUUCAGUAGACCCUCAGAGUAGUCACGUGGCUUGAAAGUCGGCUGUGUCACAGGGUUUUUUGUUUUUUUAAAUAAAGUUCAGUUUUUAGUUAUUUAAAGAUAUACACGGUAGCACAGAGCAAGAGCAUAAGGCAAUAAAGUCUGUUGUUUAUUUGAAUGUUGGGAUGUUUUUGGUAUGAUGAUGAUAAUGAUGAUGAUGAUGAUGAUGAUGAUGAUGAUAAAUAUGAUGGUGAUGUUGACGGAUGAUGAUGAUAACGAGAUGAUGUUGAUAACGAUGACACGGUGAUAUCAGGGCUUCAAAGAAACUUGAAUUACAGCUUUUCCUUUUCACAAGCCGCUUUUAUAUUUUGCUUGCUGAGGGCAAACAAGGCUAGAAGAUGACUUGCCCAUUGAGCAAGUAAGCUUAAUAUUGUUACUUUCCUAGCUGGAAAAACUGCUUGUUCCGUUUAAUAGAGUGUACGGUACUUUUUCGAGGCCCAGUAGUAGUGAUGGUGAUAGAGGAGAUGUUGAUGGUGAUGGUGAUGGUGUUGAUGAUGAUGUCGUAGAGCAGAAUGCUGUUCCUGAUUCCCUAACUUUAAAUUAAGGAAGGAAACAAACCUGAAUUUAUCCAAUUGGUUUUGUUGGGCAGCGUGGAUCUUUUCUUUGGCAACAUUAAGCCUUGGUAGCAACCUCCAAAGCACCAUUCAGUUUUAUAUUUUAAUUUAUCCCCUUUGACUUAUCUACCAUAGUACAGCCCUGACCAAAUACGAGAGCUGAGGGUUCGCUGGAGAGUUUUUUGGGCUUUAGUUUAACAGUGCUAACUAGCCAUAAAUAUAAAGACUGAAAGGAAGCAAGGGUAAUUAUUAUAUAGCUGAAAGUUUUCCCAGCAGGGCGUGCUCUCAUUGGUUACUUCGAGGUCACGUGACAUCUAAUAAUGAAACUUUUUCCCGCCAAAAUCUCUGAGCGGGCAACAUCGCAAAAUCUAUGACGUCAGAGGGUAAUGUUCAGUCCACUGUUACCCACGAACGUUGACCGACGACCGCCGUCACAGCGACUGCGAGGUUUAAUGAAUUUCUUGCUUCAAAAUUUCCAGCUUUAUAACAAAUUACUUAUAGACACUGGUCCCUCGGGAAACAGUUAAUUUUGUUUCCCUCGAACUCAACGUUUGCCGAGGCGGAGCCGAGGAAAACAUUAAGAUUCUCGGGAAACAAAAUUAACUGUUUCACUCAGGACCAGUCAUUAAGUGUUGAAUGUUAAAUUUGAAUACUAAUUCACUGUUUUCCAGGGGGAACAAAUUUUGGUUUCAUGAAUGGUGCAAAUGCCAUAAAAGGUGAAUUCAAAUACCAACCAACAGUCACCUCAUAUGGUAAGUCGUCUAACAAUUCAACCCAUUCCUUAAUUAUUAAGUAUAUUAUUAAUUUUGUCACACGAUCUGCCGCCCAGUGAGAGUCUGUCCUCAAGAAGAGUCUCGCAAUGUUUCUAGUCUCUCAGCUCUCUCCCCCCAACCCCUCCCCCCUCCUUCGCCUAAAGUAGCCUGGGACCAGGCUCCUUAGUGGGGGGCAGGCAAAAACGGGGUGAAACAGCAAAAAUCGGCGAGCGAAGCGAUCAGGCCCUCUACAAACUAAUGCGUAUCCGAAAACCUUUAUUCUUGUGUUAACAAAAACGCACCGCAUAUCUGGCGGUACGUUUUCGUUGUCAGGCUAUUUCCCCAAAUGUGUUUUGCUUAGUUUGCAUGCAUGAAUGGCGCCAGCGCGCUUUUAUAUGUUCCUACAAUAAAUUUAGCUUUUAGAGAAGAUGUUAAUAACGAAGUUGAAGAAGGUUUAUCCACUGAUUGCAGGUAAAACGUCGGGAAAAUUGACAAAAUUCGAAUUGUUAAUGAGGUUGAACGGUCUCUGAGAAAUUUGUCUGGGAAUCAUUUCAAAGCAAGAGUGACAAUCUACUUGUCAUUGUUUGUUUGUUUGUUUUUCUCCAACGUUUUUGCUCGUGUGUGUAUAACUGAAGCCGGACACUGAUGUUUAGGUAGACACGACGUCAGCAAACUCGGAAACUUUUGUUUUUCCCAUCCACGCAAAAAAGAAACAUUUGGAAUAUAUUAAUGUUUUAGACAGGAUAUCAGUUAACACCACUAAAUGAACCAGGGUGGUUUGAAGUUAUCUUUCAUUUUAUGUCACUAUCCUAUAUCAUUUUCUGGCUUUCUGUGUUUGCCUCAUUAUUCUAGAUUAUGAUGCUCCUCUGUCGGAAGCUGGCGAUAUGACUGUGAAGUUUAAAGCGCUGAAAGAAGUCUUGAAAAAGUAUAAUGUAGAGGCCCUUUCUCCAAGUAAGAUGAAACAGCAGACUGAAAAAUUUUAAUUCCCCAUUCCAGAAGUUAUAAAAGGGAAUGGAAUACACGCUUUUGGGGCAGCGAGUUCUGGGAUCGUUUGGGCGGACAGCCGUUAAUUAUGAUUGGUUAAUGGUUGCCUUAAAUACCAUCGACCAAUCAUAACUAACGCUGAACUAACGCCUGUCCACCAUUACGAUCCCAGAAAUCACUGCAUCCAAGGCUUGUACGUUUUCUUCCCACAGUUUCUGACGUGGGGAAUACUUCCUUCUCCAACUCUUCAUUCCAGCCUUUGUCCUUGGUACCUGUCCAUGUGACUUUGUGUUAGGUCAAUUCAUCAUCAAGACACUUCAGUCAUUUUUCACUGUUCAUAGAUCCCGAGUCAAUGAAGCAGUUUCUGAUAUGAAGAUAAGUUUUGAAUGUUGUUAUUCACAACGUUUAUGUUCAUGGAUACUCAUUUUUUUCAGUUGCAGUAAGCGAUCAUGAGAGAGCAGAAUACGGUAGGGUAAUUAUAAUAUUCUUGAUAUGAGUAUUUUGUAAAUGUGAGAUAAUAUAAAAGUGCGAUCUUUUUCUUCUUGUAUGUAAUGUGUAAAACUUCAGUAAAAUAAGAUUUUUAUUUUUUCCGUCAUUUUAUUUUGCAGAAGAUGUUGAGAUGCAGCACUUUCAGGACCUUGGCGACUUGGUGCCGUUAUUUGUGAGUGUACUUACGGUUUAAAUUGUAUCGGCUAUGUUAAUUGAUGACUUAAAAACAAAUAUAGGAAGAAUCACGCUUAACUUAAACUAUAAAAAAUGAUAUAACUAAAUACUGGAAGAUAUUAUCUUUUCAGUAACCUACAUUAAUUUUAAAAUUAUGUGACUACAAGCCUUUAAAAACCUUCAAAUCCUUGAACUAUUGUUUAAGCCAUAUUCGUUUGGCAUAUGUGUUUUAUUGUUAGGGCGAUAUCUUCACUUAGGUUUAAACGACUAUGUUAGGGCACAUAGGGCCUGUUUACAUGGAGGUGGAGGAUGGUCACCCUACCUAUCAUGUAAAUCUGAUCAAAUUACCGUUAAAAUGAGAGAUUAUAUGGAGAGGCAGGUCACUCCACCUAAAUAGGUUACCUCACCUACCUGGGGUCCCCCACUUCCAUGUAAACAGGCGCUAAGACAUGAUUUUGUGUUUGCAUAUUGUAAGUGUGAAUUUCAUUUUGUUUUUAAAAAACUGUCACCCUAGUCUGCUGGAAACGUUUUUCGCUUGUUUCCGCUAAUUAACAACAACCAAAUUGUUGUGUUCAAAAAGACGGAACUCUUCAUUACUUGAUUAACCUCUUACUAUGGCCUCAGGUAUCGAUACCGCUUUACCGGUUUUACUGAUUGAAGAUUGGUUGUACUAUUUUCCAUUGAAAUUGAUUUCAUGUUCGUUUUUCAUCAUUUUAAAGGGUCCACCAGUUGAAAGCAUGAAUGUGAUGGCCAUGGAAAAGCUGCCAAUCAACAAUAAUGGCGGACAGGGCUAUGGCUUCAUUCUGUAUCAGACAACACUUAAACGUCUCCCCAAGCAAAUAACAAUCCAGCAUGUCUAUGACAGAGCACAGGUACUAAGCACUCAUGCACUACAGGGUUCUAUCUGAGAUUUAUCGUUUGGGGGAGAAGUCCUGCCUUCUGCCACGAGCUUCCUAGUGGGGUACCCGGAAAUUUUCGUAAAUGAAUAUGAGCUGAGAUGCAAUCUGGUGCAUUUUGAGACACAAUUUUGAGAAAUGUAAUAGUGGUAUUUCAUUUAAUUUUUUAGUCGUGAUCACGUUAUGACAAUGUUACAAUACUCUAUGUUCCUUGUCAUAUAGUGUCCUUAGACAGGGAUACUUACUACUUCUUGUGCACUGACCUCGUCGCGUCUAGAUGAUUUUUCCAAUAUAGUUACUUAAAUACUGUAAUGAUAACAAUAUUUUGGGGGGGAUAGAACCCUGCCCUAUAGCUGGUAUUUGAUUCGCCGCUGCCUUCGAGAAUGACACCUGUCUCUCUUCCACUUCUUGACAACAACUUCUUGAUCUAUUUGAAAUUAAAGCGUAGGAGGAGUGGCUCCAGAAUGAAGGUUUAAUGUGGUCAAGGUCUUCGAUUCAAAUGUCUGCUGCCUUUGGGAGGUGGCUACGUUCAAGAAUGAAAUUGCUAAUACACAGUUAAUGGUCUGAAAUACUUUGUACCCUUGUAAAACAAUAACGCGUUUUUACACGUGAGAAUUUAUAUGGGUGCGAUCUUUUGGGAAUGAGCCGGCUCAAGAUUUAUGAUCCAAAGAUCACAUUCUUUUGAACUAACCUUUCAAAAAUCUGCUUCAGGUAUUUCUUGAUUUCAAACUUAUUCAUACAAUUGAUGCAAUGGAUAAGGAGAAACAAUACAUUGAUGAGAAGGAACUUUGGGAAGUGGUAAUUAAAGUCGCGGAUAUGGAGGUAAGAUCUGGAGGUUAGGUCAAAACAAUUUAGAAACCCGUCAAACUGGUUAAAAACUUGUUGAAAGACCGAAGCCAAUAGAACGUGACGUCACCCUAUCUUGACGUCACCCUUUAUCCGUUUUAGAUUCCAGUGACCCUCUAUGGCAAAGGAGGAAACCUUUAUCGGGCGUCGAUUUACGCAUGCAGUUUUUAACCUUUCAGUUGGCAGAACCGGUUUGCGCGAUGACAACCGUGGGCUCAGAAAUUUCCAGCGUAAAGUCUCAACAGCGCAUGCGCAUUCCACAUUUAACGAAACUGAUUUUGAAAACCAGUAAGUUUCGACCAGAAGUGUGGUCGGUGACUAAACGAAAGAGCGCGUCGGGGGACGGCAGAGGUCUCUCUCCUUCCUCCCUUUUUUCUCUUGCCAUGAGAGACCUCUGCUAGCAGAAAAAGCUUUUGACAUUAUCAUUGUUACGGUAUGCCUCUUCACAUUGAGAUUCCUCCUCAGAAAGGUUUAUUUGGUCCUUCAGCGUGCAAAAGUCACGUCCGAUUUGUGGAUUUUGUUCGAAAAACUGGGGCAAAUUUUUGGGGGAAUUCAAAUUAAAGAAGGAUUGUAAUCAAUCCUGCCAAUCAAAAAGGGUUUUGGGCUAGUUGAAAUGACUUGUGGGCUAGUACAUGCUAGCUACCACUUGCCCGAAUGGCAAGCUGUAAAACUGACUUUCUUUGUACCCUGUCCUUUCAAGUCACUUCUUGGUGCUAAGAUGGCAAAUCUAAAUGCAGAAUAGACGUUAUUCACAAUACCCGCCUUCCUUGUAUGUGCUUAAAGACUAAUGGGAUAAGAGCGAUGUACCGUAGUUUUUCACGAGCGCAAACAAGUUUGACUUUGUGUUUUCUAGACUUAAGAAAACGAGCAUUUUUUUUUAUCUUAGAGACAAUAAUAGCAAAUUAUGGGUGGAAGUGAUCAUAGUUACUUUUCUGCAUGCAGUAGGGACCGUAGAUGACCUCAGAGCAAGUGUAAACGACGUUAAACCUGUCGAAACUCGAAGCGUGCAAUUUGCAUGACUAAAAUCGCCGUCUCCUUUUGAGAUUAUAAAUAAACUCGACAACGAUUACUUGUGCUGGCAAAUUUUAUUGCGUGUUUUCUCCCUGAAAUACCACGUGUCCCAUCAAUCCUAAAGCGCGUGAAAAGAUGGCGAGUAUCGUGAAUAAGGUCUGUUAAACAAAGAAAUUAGCGAGCGAAAUAAAUAAACGCAAGAAGUUCGUAAAGAGUGAAAGAUUCCAGAGUGGUUAUUUGUCUGGUUUGUUCAUCUAUUCCUUACUCUCCGCUUUGCAUAUUCCGUACGGGCUCACCUGUUCAGUAAACAGAUCCCACAGCACCCUACUAUGCUACUUUAGCUUGACCUUGGAAUGUUUGUUAAUUCCGCUUGUAGGCCCCUUCAGAAUUACAACUUGAUAUUCUUGUUGAAAACAUGGGACGUGUCAACUAUUUACCGGAUAUCAACCGACAGCGUAAAGGUAGCCAGGAUGGUUUCUAAUAUACUAUGACUAAGACCAAAGAUUGAUUAACAUGCGCGAACUUCGUAAAUAUUUUACCAGUAAUUUGGGGGUGUACGUAUUGAGACAGCUAACAUCAAUAUGUCCUUUGUGACCAAGACUAGGUUUGUCCACAGUAUGCCAGCGUAAUGAGCGUAAUAGCGAGGCAAAAAGAAUCGCGCAUUAUGCUUGAGUAGUAAUAGUGCAACGAUUCUUUGACUGUUUUUGUUUUUUAAGAACCUUGCCAAAACCAUAGAAUUUCCAUAUGGGACACCAGGCCGUGGAUCACAUUUUAAGACCACGCCUGGUUACAAAUUAGCAAAAAUGUGGCUCUUAGCGGUUCCAGUGCUUGAACAUUGUCAUGAGCUGUCUCAAUCGGCGAGGAAAAAAUCAUGCAAAAAGAGCAGUUUAAUGUUAAUUGUAAUGAAGCAUAUUAGUAAUGCUAUUUGAGCAUAAGAGUAGUUCCAUUCAGUGCCGUUAUAUGUAAAAUUAUUGUAUUACGUGCCAUACAGGUAUACUCGGUGAUGUUUUGAUUGACGGGCAAAAACAAAGCAAUUGGAGGAUUUUUCCGAUGGACUUCAAGGAGAACUUCUUCAAGAAGUAAGUAUGAUUGAAACAGCCCUUCUUUACAGCUACAGUCGUGCAAAGGCAUACAAAGAUAUGACAUUUUGUAGUAUUUGCUGUGAAAGGACGAACGUAAACAGACAUUUGCUACCGCUUUUAGGCAAAAAAGCAGUUACUACAGAGAUUUAAAAUCGCGUUUACCGCAAACGGCAAUUUGUACCAUUUUACUAAAGAAGUUUUCCUGUUACUUGCCCUGUACUGUUCAUUUGAUCUAAACAAAAAUUAGUAUCAGUAGCUUCAUCUUCAAAUCGUUUGAUGUAGUUUUCAUCUGUUCAUUCCUAAUUUAAGAAACUGCCAAAAACUUGAAUCUGACGUUUGUCGUUUGACGUAAAAAAAAUCUCUAUUUUUACAGGCCAGAGUGCGAUGCAUAUGGAUUUGCACUCGUAAAACUCCUGUCAACAAUAGCGCCUUGCCACAGGAUUCAGCAAUAAACUAAUGCUUACUUCUAUCUUGAUUGAAGGUUGAAUGAACAAGUGGAGUGGAAGAAAGUGAAGGAAGGUAGUUUACCGUCUAUUCCAUCACUUUUUCGAGGAAUAUUAGGGAUCACAGAUAAGCCAAAGGACAGUUUUCUGUACAUGAAAGGUUGGACCAAAGGCGUGGUAUUCAUUAAUGGACAUAAUUUAGGAAGGUAUUGGAAUCUGGGGCCACAGGAGACGCUGUAUCUUCCUGCUCCAUGGCUACGCAAAGGAGAAAACGAGGUACGUCAAUACCGUAGUUGGUAGGAAGACCAGUUAAUCGACUACUUGGUAGUCCAUAUUUGCGCUAAUCUCCAAAACGGAUUGGAACACUUUAGUAAUAGUAUUGACCGUUGUUCAGUCAUAUUUUUUUAUUCUCGCGGACAGACAUCACUCUUAGACCCCUUUUAUACGGAGAAUAGUUGUCCCGGGAAAGAGGGUCAACCUCCCAGCCAAGUCCAAUUUAGCGAGCGUUUAUAGAAAAAAAGUUGAGCAUUUGCCUGAUCUAAAAGCGCUCGCGCGUGCUCUGGUUGUCUCGCCUCGGCCAAGUUGACCUGGUUGAGUGAGCCAAAGUGUUUAUUUGGAAAACAUUUGGAACGACUAGUAGGGUGAACCAACAUUAAAAAAGGGUGACCCACUCCUUAUAACCGAGGCAACAUUUUGUUUCUCAUGUGAACGGUUUGCCACGUUUUUUAAGGAAAAGUAGGAAAGGUUGGCUCGCCCAGGGUAGCUCAGUUAGGCGAGUGACCCUACUACCCGGGACAAGUCGGGGCCUAAGAGAGACAGUCCCUGCAUUUUGAUUUUGGUUGAAGCGAAAGUUGCAGGGAACUACUUACAGAUACGUUUUAAGAGAGGAAGCUGUCUUGGUUUACAGGGCUCGUAAUAACUGCCAGUCGAAGGACAAUGUCCGACCUGAAUGGCGACUUGACCGGCUAGAAACCGUUGACCGGUCACGCACACUCUUAUUCUUGAACAAACAGCCAAAUCCUCACCUGUAAAUCUUAGAUUAUGUCUCUAGUAAAAAUACAUUCACGAGAAAAGGAUAAGUUAAUACGUUGAUAGGUUUUGACCGUUCAGAAAGAGUCUUUAAAGAGCAAUGCCAAAAACUUUUUUGGCCAGUCAUCGUGUCCUGCCAGCUUCCGAAAAUUAUUUUCCCCGAGAGCUGGUUUACCUAGUCUACUACACACCCGUUGCGUGACGACACUGAAAACGGCUGUGUAGCAGACUAUGGUUUACCACGAGACAACACAUUAUGUCAUACCAAGCUUUGGAGUGGAGGUGUUUAAAUGAAUCUCGUUAUUCUCUUUUUCAGCUGUUAAUCUUUGAACUAGAAAAGUGUGAAGCUCCAGAUGUGUCGUUUCUCAAGGAGCCAAAGAUAAUCGGAGAACCUGUUUAUAGAUGGUAGAACCGUUAUCUCUUGCAUAUUAGACAAAGCAUUCAACAAACUUGGCUAAAUUUUCUCUCCGGACCAGAAGACAUUGGAAAUAAGUAUUUGCUUAUUCUAAAUUCUCUCGUCCCAUUUUUGCACUUAGCCCAAGAAUGGUCGGAUGCGUGUCUUAUCGAGAGGCUCUCAAAUUGAGAAAGUUUGGUAUUCUUCCCAAAUAAAAAAAAAGCUGUCAAUUCCUAUCAAAUCUUUUGAAAACUUUUUCUGCUUUUAAAGGGACAAAUUUGUCUUUAAAUCUUUGUUUUUAACAGCUUACGUGGGGAAACUUUUCUUGUUUGUUUGUUUGUUCUUUUAAUAACACUGUGGUUUGUAUGGUCAGUUUGUACUUCAUUUAAUGGUUUCUUUCGCGUCCGGCUGACUAACAAGUCGGUAUUACAAAACUACGGGCCAGUAAUGGUUCUGACACCUUAGUCAUUCAAUGUAUUAUAAAGGAGCAUAUUUAGAGUAAGCCUAGGCUGCACUUUAUCCACUCGUACCACAUUAACGUCUGGCCCUCCUUGACACCCAAGGCCAGUUAUAAUUUGAAACUAGAGAAACAUGUUAGGCUGAUUUAGUAACAGAACGGGAACGUCAUUUGACGACGGAGAAGCGCGCGCAAAGAACUUAGCUCGACUUCCAGUGGCCAAUUUACCGCUCUGCCAUUGAUCAACACCGCGGCAAAACAUCUACGCAUGUGCUACGUUGAGCAUUUCCGGUCUCUUUUGCAGUCUCACUUUCGAGUCAGAUCAAAAUCCCCCCCGCGCGCUCGGCUUCAUUUGUGUAAUUCCAUUGAUCAAGCCAGUUGUUUGAUUUACGCAUGAAGUCGUCAACUAACGUUCUCGUUCUGUUGCUAAAUCAGCCUGUUAUGGCCGCCUGUUAUAACGCUCGAGCAGAUAAAAUUGGCUUGGGAAAUACAUAGGAGCGUGGAUGGUUCACAAACUCGUGUAGAUACUGUCAUGAUAGUAUUGAGCCUGACAUGGCAUGAAACCUUUUCGUUUUACAUUCUCCCCGCUGGGGGCUUUUCAACAUACAACACUGCAAACAAACUUUAUGUGCUCUGGACUGAAAGUCAGUGCAAGAGCCGGGUGCUUAGCACUUGGGCUCCGCAUCCAGUGCUUUGCGUAAUAUAUAGCUAGAUAUGCUUUUCAAUUAUUUCUUGUCCACGGGGGGAAUCAACAGAAGUUCGUUUGUAAUUGUAGCAGAAGAUAGUAAUAAACAAUGUUACACUUG